CCUCUGCCCUGCCACCGGCAGCCAAUCUCCCCCGUAGAUUCCUUCCCCCCGCACUCACUCCCAUAAGAGAAAGGCGCUCCCCUUUCCGCCGCCCAAAUCCUCCCCCUUUCUCUUCCCCAGCCCUCUCCCUCGUACGCACGCACGCACGCGCCCGUCGCCUUUAUUAACCCCUUUGCUGCCCAGGCCAUUGGAUUCGUGGCGUUGGCGAGCGUGGUCGCCAGGAGAGGAGGGGCGGCGGCGGCGACUGUUCGCGGGAUGAGCUUCGGCGGCGCCAGCUCCGUCGCGGCCGGUGGGAAGCGGCCGUUCGAGUACGGGAGGACGCAUGUGGUGAGGCCCAAGGGCGCGCACAAGGCCACCAUCGUCUGGCUCCACGGCCUCGGCGACAAUGGAGCCAGCUGGUCUCAACUGUUGGAAACUCUUCCCCUUCCUAAUAUAAAAUGGAUCUGCCCAACUGCACCUACGAGGCCUGUGGCAAUUUUUGGUGGAUUCCCAUCUACUGCAUGGUUUGAUGUUGCUGAUCUUUCAGAAGAUUCUCCUGAUGAUGUUGAGGGGCUGGAUUCCUCAGCUGCACAUGUUGCAAAUUUAUUGUCUACCGAACCUGCAGAUAUCAAGCUUGGCGUUGGUGGCUUUAGUAUGGGUGCUGCUACUGCGCUUUACUCCGGUACUUGCUUUGCUCAUGGAAAAUAUGGAAAUGGCAAUCCUUACCCUGUGAACCUAAGUGUGGCUGUUGGUCUCAGUGGCUGGCUCCCAUGCGCCAGGUCAUUGAAGAACAAAAUUGAGAGCUCACAGGAGGCUGCACAGAAGGCUUCAUCAUUACCUCUUAUGCUUUGUCAUGGAAAAGCUGAUGAUGUGGUCCUCUACAAACAUGGAGAGAGGUCUGCUGAUGCACUUAAGUCAACCGGGUUUGCAAAUGUGGAAUUCAAGUCCUACAGCAGACUCGGGCACUAUACCGUUCCAGAGGAGAUGGACGAAGUCGUCAAGUGGCUUACGGCAAGCUUGGAACUCGGCAGUUCCACGUCAACUUGAUCGAAUGAAGAGAUGCCUUGAGAAAGGCUCGGUGUAGCGGCGUCUAAAUAAUAAGUACCUGUGGUUGUGCCGAAUUGAGUGAUAAAAUGGCUGGGUUGCCAACUUGGGCUUUGGGUAUACGGUCAUGUCUUAGCUUGGUGUUUCAUAUGCGGACAUGCCUCGCUGAAUCUUGGUACUAUUGAGAUUUCCAUAUAUUUGGUAUGUGUUUCCAUCCAAAGUUGUGAUCAGUUUGGUUUUGGUUACCAGUGAUAUUUUUGUUUCAA